AUGGGAAAUGAAGGUUUUAUUGACUCGUCCAUCAAGUACGAGGGAAUACGGGACCUGGACAGCGCCUCUCGACAUCAGCCAAAUCCACGACCAACUCUACCCUCAAUAGAAAAUUUAACAGGAAUACAACCAAUUACCCCAAUUUCCAACAUUUUGGAUGGAACUGCUAGAGUUCCAUCAUCAAACAUAGCUACAGAAUCACCAAACAUGGGAAGACGAUCAAUACCAAACUCAAUCAAUCCCAAUGAAAACACUAAAGUCAAAUUACCAAAAAGAUUCUUUUGCAGAACUUGUAAACAAGGAUUUACCAGAAAACACAACAUGGUAAGUCAUGAAUUAAUACAUUCAUCAUUAAAACCACACAUAUGUCCUGUAUGUAAUUUGAAAUUCAGGAGAAUCCAUGAUUUAAAACGACAUGAAAAGCUUCACACUGGCGAAAAGCCGUAUGUUUGUGAUCGAUGUUCUAGAAGGUUUGCUAGGCCUGAUGCCCUAACUAGACAUCAGAACUCAGCUAAUGGAUGCACAGGCUCUGCUUUUAGGUCAGAAGACAUAAAACCUCUUUCAGUAUAUUCUUCUGUUAAAGCUGAUGGAGUAUUGGGUCCAAACACACCUUAUGAAUUCCCAAAUGUGGGGUCGUCGCGAUCCAAUGAAAGUAACAGCACCAGUGCUGGAAGCGGCUCUAGUGGAGAGAAGGGAAUAAGUCCUUAUGAUAUGAGGCAAGAAGCAAGAACUACUCCACCAUUACCAGAAUCGAAAGGAAGAAAUAAUUUACCAAUGAACAAUGAGGGAUUUAUAAGAGCACAUGGUCGUUCUGCUGAUGAGGUUUCUAUGCACUACAAUCCAUAUCCUCCUUUACCUGUACCACAUCAUGGUUCGCAUCCCUCGCAGAGCCAACCCAUUACAGUCCAUCACAUAGCAGGACCUACCCCUCUGCAUCCGAUUCCUUUUGUGGUUCCACAAUAUUCCUACCCCCAAAAUUCAGUGAAUAAUAUUACUCAUAUUCCACUACUAAACAACGUUCCAAUGAAUAACAUACCUCACACUGGCCCUAUGAUGAACAAUGUGCAUCAUCCCCCUCCUCAGCUAAAUAAUGUGCCACAUUUUAACAAUGUACCCCAUCUUAAUAAUGUUCCACAUCUUAACAACGUACCCCAUCUUAACAACGUACCCCAUCUUAACAAUGUUGCACACUUGAAUCUCGUGCCACAAUCAGGGACAGUAAUACACUCAAUUCGUCAACCGCCUAACCACGACAAUCAUUUUCCUGCGUCAGUAGUAGGAAAGCCAAGUGUAACUUAUCUGGUCCCUUCACCACUACCACCACCUGUUCCCAUCCCACGAAAUACUCAACACGACCCGGCAAUGCCUGCCCCUUUACCAAUUCCAAGUGUUUCAGUUGUACCAGCUACACCGCUCCAGAGGAAUGCAUCAGGAUUUGUUGGCCCAGCAUCAGAUCAAAACAUGGACGGCUAUGCUCUUAAAGAAAAGAAGAUCCAGGGUGAACCAUCCCAGGAUGGAUAUGUCCUGUAUUCCAAGUACCAAGAUCUAGUGUCCUAUACACAUUCGCUUCAAGAUAAUUUGGUGAAAAUGAACAACAGAUUAUCCGAUUUAGAGAAGGAUACAAAAGAGAAUCAAAAAUGA